AUGAGUCUCGCAGCACCAUCAAUGCAGAUGGGCCGCAGCAGUCACCCAGAAAGUGCAAUCCCAGCACACUCCAAGCAUCGUCCGAGGCUGCAUGCAGGGUGCGUGGGCGGUGGGUCCAGCUUGAUGGCGUGGCGGCCCGGCGCAAGGCAGGUGAUGUGGUAG